AGCACACUCUUGAUGAAUUAAUCGAUGUCAUGAACAACAAUGCUCUAACCAAGGACGAGUUAUCCUCAAUAUGUUCUUCCUUGAUAGAUGAUGUGAAUGAAAUGAUCAACCCUCACAUCUUAUCUUUACAAGAAGAAAUAAAAGAAGACUUACAGGGGAUGUAUCGAAGGCUUGAUGAAGCCACCGAUUUAAUAAGAACUGAUGUUCAAGAACAUCGGCAAUACCAGCAACAUAUGGAGCACAAAAUGGACGCCAUGAACGACAAAUUGGCGCAAAAAGAAAGACCUGUGGUUAACCUCAUAGAUGACGCUUUGCUGGACAAGGUUGCUGAUGGAAUAAAGAAGAUUCCAGAUGGAAUAAAGAAGAUUCCAGACAUUAUUAAGCAGAAAUUUGCAUCAAACCAAAAAAAGAAAUCCGAGGUGGAGCGGCAAAACAGCAUGGAGGCCGAUCAAGAUGAACAGAUCAAAUGUAAGUUCAUGUAA